AUGGAAUAUGUCAGUGAUGAUUUCACCACCCUGCGAUCGGCAGUCUUGGUGAACAAGUCCUGGGCUGCGGAAGCUAUCAGUGUCCUUUGGCAGAAGCCGCCGGUGGCAGCCUUGGCCUCGUGUUCAGAUGACCACCGCCAAUUCUACGCGCGUCAGGUCCGUGAGCUAGAUUUUGGGGGUCAACAGGACGGAGAACAACAUUCACGUUUUCGUACUCUAGAGUUCCCAAGGCUUAAGUGUCUGACGAUCGACUUAUAUAGCCCGAGAGAUGGAGAAAAGCUAUGGCUUGGUCAAUACAUACAGCCGAGCUUGGAGGAAUUCAGGUUUUAUGGAGCUGAGCCGGCUGAAGACUUGCUUGACCUAAUGGAAACUCGUUGCCCACGAUUGCAGAGCAUUCUGAUCGAUUAUGCAUUCGAGGGAAUAAGCACCGAACGCUUAAUAAAGUUCUUUGGCUGUUUCAGAUCUCUGAGAUCAAUAUGUCUUCCGUCUUGUAUGGACGACUUCGUCGACGACCAGAUGCUUACCUACCUUGCCCGUCGUCAUGGCCUUGAAGAUCUGGAAUUGGGACGGACUAUCACAUACGAGAUGAUUGAGAAGGCCUUUGAGGGAGCAGAGGCCCCGUUCAGGUCCAUCCGACGCCUCACAGUUCAAAUGAAGUCGAAAGCGGUUGAACCACUCACUGCAGCAGUAAAAUCUGCUACCAGUCUUCUUCUUACCGUUGAAGAUAACGAGUUGAGCCCUUUGCCACCGAUCAGGUCACUUAUAAACCUCACUGAACUAGAGAUCGUAUUUUGCCAGGAGGCAAUUUGGCCGGCCACAGACUUACUUACACUCAGAGGAUUGAGGAAUUUACGCAGACUGUGUAUCUAUUCAAUAGAGGGGCCACCAGCCUUCCCCACAUUGACAGAUCAAGAGUUCAUCCAGCUUUUUGAAAGAAUGGGUCAACUUCAGGAUUUGAUAUUCCAAGUCCAGUGCAACUUGUCAACAGUAGCGAUAACUUCACUAGGAACGCAUUGUCGCCAACUGGAAUCCUGUGAGAUAUUUGGUUCAUAUGACUUGCACGGCUGGUCAACCAUCGAACGACCGCUCUUCCCACAGCUACGACGUCUUGACCUUGGUGCAACAGUGACCAGAGAACAAGAAUCACAGUAA